AGGACGCAGCCAGCGUCCCGCGCGCGUCCAACGAUCAGCAUCUCCUUUAGCCGCCCAAAAGCAACCGCCGUCAUGAGGGAAAUUGUGCAUUUGCAGGCCGGCCAGUGCGGCAACCAAAUCGGCGCCAAGUUCUGGGAGGUGAUCUCGGACGAGCACGGCAUCGACCCCACGGGCACAUACCACGGCGACAGCGACCUGCAGCUGGAGAGGAUCAACGUAUACUACAACGAGGCCACCGGUGGCAAAUAUGUCCCUCGCGCUGUCCUGGUUGACCUGGAACCUGGAACCAUGGAUUCGGUCCGCUCUGGACCCUUCGGACAAAUCUUCCGCCCGGAUAAUUUCGUUUUCGGCCAGAGCGGCGCCGGCAACAACUGGGCCAAGGGUCACUACACCGAAGGGGCCGAACUUGUCGACUCGGUCCUGGACGUGGUCCGCAAGGAGGCAGAGUCCUGCGACUGCCUGCAGGGCUUCCAGCUCACCCAUUCUUUAGGUGGCGGCACCGGCUCUGGGAUGGGCACCCUUUUAAUCUCCAAAAUCCGAGAGGAGUACCCCGACCGGAUCAUGAACACCUUCUCCGUCGUGCCCUCGCCCAAGGUCUCCGACACUGUGGUAGAGCCCUACAACGCCACCCUCUCCGUCCACCAACUGGUGGAAAACACCGACGAGACCUACUGCAUCGACAACGAGGCUCUCUACGACAUCUGCUUCCGCACCCUCAAGCUGACCACGCCCACCUAUGGCGACCUCAACCACCUCGUCUCCGCCACCAUGAGCGGUGUCACCACAUGCCUCCGUUUCCCCGGUCAACUCAACGCGGAUCUCCGCAAACUCGCCGUCAACAUGGUUCCAUUCCCUCGUCUUCACUUCUUUAUGCCCGGAUUCGCCCCGUUGACGAGUCGUGGGAGCCAGCAAUACAGAGCAUUGACCGUCCCGGAGCUGACGCAGCAGAUGUUUGACGCCAAAAACAUGAUGGCCGCCUGCGACCCUCGCCACGGGCGAUAUUUAACGGUCGCCGCCGUUUUCCGGGGGAGGAUGUCGAUGAAAGAGGUCGACGAGCAGAUGCUUAACGUCCAAAAUAAAAAUUCCUCGUACUUCGUGGAGUGGAUUCCCAAUAACGUGAAAACGGCCGUGUGCGACAUCCCGCCUCGUGGUUUAAAAAUGUCCGCCACUUUCAUAGGAAACAGCACAGCCAUCCAGGAGCUGUUCAAGAGAAUCUCAGAGCAGUUCACAGCCAUGUUCCGGCGGAAGGCCUUCCUGCACUGGUACACUGGGGAAGGGAUGGAUGAGAUGGAGUUCACGGAGGCUGAGUCCAACAUGAACGACCUGGUCUCGGAGUACCAGCAAUACCAGGACGCCACCGCCGAAGAGGAGGGCGAGUUUGAGGAGGAGGCGGAGGAGGAAGCCGCCUAAGAAGACAAAAUAUGCUCGAGAGACUUUAGACAGCUUUAUUGGACCCCAUCCCCUUGGCAUAUUGACCCCCCUUCUCACCUUCCAGGUUCUUCUCCACCUUAAUUCCAAGUUCUCACCAAGCUUCUAGGUGCUUCUGGCCUCCUAAGUUGUCACCAUCACAUUCAAGCUUCUUCUUCCCUACCUUGGCUCCAAGUUCUCCAGGUGCCUUCCAAGCUUCUCCACCUUGAACCCAAGCUCUCGCCAUCUUCCAAGUUUUUUCUUCUGCUCCACUCUGUUCUCACCAUGCUUCCAGGUUCUUCUGGCCUUCCAAGCUCUCACCAUCACAUCCAGCUUCCUUCCAAGCUGCUGCUUCUUCUCCACUUGGAAUCCAAGUUCUUCUCACCAUCACGUCCAAGUUUCUCCUUCUCCACCUCCAAGUUCUCAGCAGGUGCGUUCCAAGCUUCCAGGUUCUUUCACCAUCACGUCCAAGCUUCUUCUCCACCUCCAAGUUCUCAGCAGGUACCUUCCAAGAUUCCAGGUUCUUCUCAACAUCAUGUCCAAGCUUCUUCUCCACAUUGAACCCAAGUUCUCACCAGAUUCUUCUGGCCUCUAAGUUCUCACCAUCACCUGCAAGCUUCUUGUGCUCCAAGGUGCCUUCCAAGCUUCUCCACCUUGAACCCAAGUUCUUACCAUCUUCCUUCCAAGUUUCUUCUUCAGCUCCACCUGGAUUCCAAGUUCUCACCAAACUUCCAGCUUCUUCUGGCCUCCCAAGCUGUCACCAUCACGUCUAGCUUCCUUCCAAGUGUCUUAUUCACCUUGAAUCCAAGCCGUCUACGAUAUCCCACCGCGUGGUCUCAAGAUGUCCGCCACCUUCAUUGGAAACUCCAGCGCCAUCCAGGAGCUCUUCAAGCGCAUCUCGGAGCAGUUCACGGCCAUGUUCCGCCGCACGGCAUUCCUCCACUGGUACACCGGGGAAGGGAUGGACGAGAUGGAGCUCACGGAGGCCGAGUCCAACAUUGAACGACCUGGUCCUGGAGUACCAGCAGUACUAGGACGCCACCGCUGAGGAGGAGGGGGAGUUUGCGGAGGAGGAGGGGGCCUAUGAAGGAGAGGAAGACACACCAGGCUCGAGAGACUUUAGACAGCUUUAUUGGACCACCCCACCCCUUGGUUUCUUCCCUUGUUGGUUCUCCUUCUGACGUUCUCACCAGGUUCUUCUGGCUCCUAAGUUCUCACCAUCACGUCCAAGCUUCUUCUUUCUCCACCUUGAUUCCAAGUUCUCAGCAAGUGCCUUCCAAGUUCUCACCAUCAUCACGUCCAGCUUCCUUCCAAGCUUUGUCGUCCUCUCCACCUGGAAUCCAAGCUUUCACCAUCCCAAGCUGCUUCUCCACCUUGAAUCCAAGCUUUCACCAUCACGUCCAGCUUCCUUUGAAGCUUCUUCUUUUGCUCCAUGUGGAUUCCAAGUUCUCACCAAGCUUCCAGGUUCUUCUGGCUUCCCAAGCUCUCACCAUCACAUCCAGCUUCCUUCCAAGCUUCCCAGUUCUUCUGGCCUCCCAAGUUCUCACCUCAUCACCUUCAAGCUCCUUCCAGCUUCUUCCUCUCCAUCUGGCAUCCAGCUUGCUUCCCUGUUGGUCCUGGGAUUCCAGCUCAUCUUCUCCACCGUGGCUCCACAUUCUUCCAUCACAUCCAGGUUGCUUCCAAGCUUCCAGCUUCUUCCUCUCCACCUGGCCUCCACCUUCCUUCCCCGUUGACUCCAAGCUUCCACGUUCCUCCUUCUUCACCUUGCCUCCCAAGUUUUCACCAGGUCAAAUCUGAGCCUCUGGAAAUUCAACUCUUUCCACGUCACGAGUCUCCAGCUUCUCCAACGUGGUCUCCAGGCUCUCCUUGAUAUUUGGCCUCCUCGGUCUUCUCGAAGAUCUGACCUCCCCAAUCCACGGUUUUCUCUAGGCUUGAGGGCAUCUCUCCAUGGUUCUACCAUGCCACCUCUGGCAGAUCUCCUGGAUGUCUCUCCAUCUCAGGUUCCUCCUGCAAGUCCAAUGGUGGACACGAAUGAUGGAAGCCCAAAGAUGCACCACGAAUGUUGGAAUCCACGAAGAAUGGACGUCCAACGAUGGACCACGAAGGAUGGAAGAUAAAAGAUGGACCACGGAUGAUGGAAACCAGUGAUGGGCUACGAAGAAUGGAUGUCCAACGAUGGACCCCCUCAGACGUCACCUCUGGAUUCCUCUUCCUCUUUCCCAGAAGGCACCUCUACAUUCUUCCUCAUUUCUUAGAAGGUCACCUCUACCCUUGUUCCUCCAUGGUUCCUCUCUCCCUCGCUUCUCUGUGGUUGUGAUGUCAUCUGCCGUUGCCGCCGGCGUUGUCUGGGCGGCCAUUAAAAAUCCUCUUUUCAACCCUC